AUGGCGCAGGUGGUCUCUCAAGAUCCCGGUGCUCGCGAGCACGAUGCCGGCUUCGGUGUCAAGGGCGACAUUAAGGAUGGCUUCGCUACUCGCCCCUCCCGCUCUGACGAUGGCGGCGCCGACAACAUGCUGGAGCAGCUUGGUUACAAGCCCGAGCUUGAGCGCAGCCGUUCGACGCUGCAGGUCGCCUUCAUGUCCUUCGUCCUCGCUUCCAUUCCCUACGGUCUGGCCACGACCCUGCUGUACCCCUUGGCUGGCGGCGGCCCCGUAAACAUCAUUUGGGGUUGGCUCGGCGUGUCUUUGAUCAUCAUCUGUGUCGCUGCUUCGCUUGGUGAAAUCACCAGUGUCUACCCCACUGCCGGAGGUGUUUACUACCAGGCCUUCAUGCUUGCCUCGCCCAAGUACCGCCGUGUGGCCAGCUGGAUUUGCGGCUGGCUCUACGUUGUGGGGAACAUUACCAUCACUCUCGCCGUGAACUUUGGAACUGCCCUCUUCUUCGUUGCAUGCAUCAACGUUUUCGAGUCGGCGCCUGGUGUCGGCGUCCUCGCUGGCGAUCCGUACCAGGUGUUCCUCAUCUUCCUGGGCCUGACUUUCCUCUGCAACGCGGUGUCCUCGCUCGGCAAUAAGUGGCUCCCCCUGCUUGAUACCGCCGCCAUCUUCUGGACAUUUGCUGGUCUGUUGGCCAUUGUCAUUGCCGUGCUCGUUGUCGCCAAGAACGGCCGCCAUGACGCUACGUACGUAUUCACGCACUUCGAAGCCAACUCGGGAUGGACGCCUGGGUGGUCUUUCAUGGUCGGUCUGCUCCACGCCGGAUACGCCACUUCGUCCACCGGCAUGAUUAUCUCCAUGUGCGAGGAGGUUAAGAAGCCCGCGACCCAGGUCCCUAAGGCGCUCGUCCUGACCGUCAUCCUCAACACUGUGGCCGGUCUGCUUUUCCUCAUCCCCCUCGUCUUCGUUCUCCCGGACAUCACCUACCUCAUCAGCUUGGCCAACGGCCAGCCCGUUCCCGCCAUUGUCAAGGACGCCAUGGGCACCUCGGGCGGCGCCUUUGGGCUUCUCUUCCCGCUCAUGGUUCUCGCCAUCCUUUGCGGCAUCGGCUGCACCACCGCUGCAUCCCGGUGCACCUGGGCCUUCGCCCGUGACGGUGCCAUUCCCGGUUCCCGUUGGUGGAAGGAGGUCCACCCCAAGCUGGACGUGCCUCUGAACGCCAUGAUGCUCAGCAUGGCUAUCCAGAUCAUCCUCGGUCUCAUCUACUUCGGCUCCAGCGCGGCCUUCAACGCCUUUUCCGGUGUUGGCGUCAUCUCCCUCACCGCCUCGUACGCCAUGCCCAUCGCCAUCAGCCUCUUUGACGGCCGCAGCCACUUGGUCGGAAGCCCCUUCAAUCUGGGCAAGUUUGGUGUCGCCGCCAACGUCAUUGCUCUCGCUUGGUCCGCGCUUGCUAUGCCUCUGUUCUGCAUGCCGGUGUUUGUUCCCGUUACCGCCGCGACGGUAAACUACGCCCCCGUUGUAUUUGUCGCUGCUUGCCUCAUCUCCGGUGGAUGGUACAUUGCUUGGGGCAAGAAGAACUACGCCGGCCCCCCGACCCAGGAGGCUGCUGCCUUUUAA